UGAAGAGAUGGAUGGAAAGAGGCUGAGAGACAUUCUCCAGAACCAUGACCAAUCACCAUUCUGUUCUCAGCACACACAUCAGUGGCUUAACAACAAAGAGGAGGAGAUAAAGGCUCUGCUUAUCUGCAAAGCAAAAAACAUCCCCAUUGUAAAGGAGGUCCAGGAGAAAGCAAAAACCAUCCCCAUUGUAAAGGAGGUCCAGGAGAAAGUAAAAACCAUCGACAUAUGGGAGGAGGUCUAUAACCAACCAAGAAACAUCGCCAGAGGGAAGAAGGUCCAGAAAAAAGCUAAACACAUCCACACAGGGAAGGAGGUCCAGAACAAAGCAAGAAACAUCACCACAGGACAGGAGGUCCAGGACAAAGCAAGAAACAUCACCACAGGACAGGAGGUCCAGGACAAAGCAAGAAACAUCACCACAGGACAGGAGGUCCAGGACAAAGCAAGAAACAUCACCACAGGGAAGGAGGUCCAGGACAAAGCAAGAAACAUCACCACAGGACAGGAGGUCCAGGACAAAGCAAACAACAUCGCCACAGGGAAGGAGGUCCAGAACAAAGCAAACAACAUCACCACAGGACAGGAGGUCCAGGACAAAGCAAGAAACAUCACCACAGGGAAGGAGGUCCAGGACAAAGCAAGAAACAUCACCACAGGACAGGAGGUCCAAAACAAAGCAAACAACAUCGCCACAGGGAAGGAGGUCCAGGACAAAGCAAGAAACAUCACCACAGGACAGGAGGUCCAGAACAAAGCAAGAAACAUCACCACAGGGAAGGAGGUCCAGGACAAAGCAAGAAACAUCGCCACAGGGAAGGAGGUCCAGGACAAAGCAAGAAACAUCACCACAGGACAGGAGGUCCAGAACAAAGCAAGAAACAUCACCACAGGGAAGGAGGUCCAGGACAAAGCAAGAAACAUCACCACAGGGAAGGAGGUCCAGAACAAAGCAAGAAACAUCACCACAGGACAGGAGGUCCAGGACAAAGCAAGAAACAUCACCACAGGACAGGAGGUCCAGGACAAAGCAAACAACAUCGCCACAGGGAAGGAGGUCCAGAACAAAGCAAACAACAUCACCACAGGGAAGGAGGUGCCGACCCCAAACAGGACGCUGUGCUUCACGCUCACCUCACUGGUGGGUGAAGAUCUAUACCUUUCCACCAUGAAGCAAUAUAUACAUUCUGCACUAGAGACCACCACAAACCAAUCAGGGAUCACCGGACAGCAGCAGACACAGCAUGCCUUCAAGCCUCCAGAUUUAACAGGAAAAAUACAGUCUGACCUCCACUUGUUCACCACAUCCAAUGAAGACAGAAGAGAUGGAGAGAAAUUCAAUUUUAUUGUUGCAGCUAUACCAGAUGUCACCUUUCCUGGAUCCCGCAUUGGUCUGUAUCAAAAUGGUCGUCUUAUCGGCCGCAAUUUCAAGCUUGGAUCAAAGCCAAAUCCAGCCGAAGUAACAGAGAUACAACAGAACAGCUUCAUACUCAAAUUUCCUCAGUCAAAGGUCACGAGUCCUGUGAAGUACAGAAUAGAGUAUACCGCAGAAAGUGAUGUUCAAUGGACUGUUAGAUAUUUACCAUCUGAUCCUGGAUCUGUGGGACCGGGUCCUGACCACCGCAACACUUGUAAGUUGCCUGGUUUGAAACCUGACACUAAAUACCAGGUUAGAUACAGUGCUGUGGACAGCUCUAGUAUGAGUGACUUCAGCAUGGUCACCAUGGUAAAGACAAACCCGAGGUCCACACCCGGACAACCCUGUGUGAAACUGGUGGACGGAGAAAAUGUCAGAGUCACAUGGCGGAUAGCGGAAGAGGAAGGUGGCGGUCCCGUGCUACGUUAUGCCGUGGAGUUUAGAGAGGUGGGGCUUGAAGGCUGGUCCAGUGUGUCAACAACAGGGCCUGAACGUACGUGCACUAUAUCUCAGACCUCCGGUACUUGCUACCGAGUCAGAGUCUCUGCAGUCUAUGGAGAGGGGGACACAAGUAAACCCAGCACAGAAACAGACGUCCCUGUAAAUGUCUGGUCCAUAGACCUCUCACAAAGGAAAGCCUCCUUCCUCCGAGAUGUUCUGAAAGUCCAACCGGAGAAGAAACCAGUAGAGCUGAAGGGCUGGUCAGAUGACGAGAGUGAAGUGAGGAGUUUCCUUCAGUGUCUGCCCUACAUCUCACAGCUGAGGUUUGUGAACAACAACAACAAUGCAGGCGUUAUCCAGUUUGUGCUCAAUCUGAGUGUCGCAGCAGCAGACCGUGAUGCAGGGACAGGAUGGAGUUGGUCGAAGUUCCUCUCUCUGGUAUGGAACUACAGCUCCUUCCCAUUCAAUGAAGAUGUCCAUCCUUCAGAUCAAUGUGUCUUCCUUCUGGAUCUUUACUCGUGUGCAAUGGCCUCUGGGACUUUAAAGGGCAGGAGUCUCAUUCCAUUACUUCGGCCAGUUUACCAGUCAGCUCCAGCAGUCUGGUAUGUGAGUCUUGCUAGAAGAAAGGCCUCCGUCUUCCUCGAAGUUCUGAAACUCCAACCAGUGAAAAGGCCAAUGCAGGUGAAAUGCUGGUCAGAUGAAGAGAGUGAAGUGAAGAGUUUCCUUCAGUGUCUGCCUUACGUCUCACAGCUGAGUUUUAACGACAACAAUCUUGUAGACUUCCUACAUAAAAAUAGAGAGCAGGCCCAGCAUUUUGCCGCUCUCUUCCAAGCUCAUGGCUUUACCCUGUCAUUGGGAGGAGAGUUACCCAGGCAAACCUGCACUUCUGUGGGGAGAAUCUUGGCCCUCUGUACCUCAGGAGUGAAACUCGGUCUCACACCCAGCAAGAUUUCUCUCAGAGGAGCUUCGAUUCUCUUCAGACAUCCGUUGAUGCUACACAACCUCAUACUAAAUGAGAUCAUGACCGUGAAACUGACCAGACUGCUUGCGACUGGUAGAGUCAGUGCUCCAAUGGGGAUUGAGGAGCUUUCGCUGGUUUUUGAGAACUCACAGCUAUCGGAGGAUGUGCUUUCUAAGGUCCUGAGUAGUGUGGCGUCCCUGCUGAGACUCUGGACUGUGCAGUGUCUGGACCUGACGGAGUGCACUAUCCACGGUCACUCUCUCAUCCUGCUGCUGGGUCACCAGGGCCCUCUGAAACUCAAACUUUGUCCAGACACUCUGCAGCAGCUGGCUGUAGUUGUGCAUGAAGCUCAGGACAAGGACCUGACUCAUUCAUUCUUAAAGAAGGUUGGUGGAGACCUGACCUCUUGCAGGCUGGACUGGGAAGUGCUUCUUUCUCUGCUGCAGCAUUCAACCCACAACAUCACUGUGAAUCUCAGAGAGAACAGGCUUUCAGAGAGAAACAUCAAAGAUCUUCGUCCCUUUCUGGGCAGGCUUAUUUUAAAGAGUGUUGAGAGGAAUCUGCUGCUGCUCUUCCUCCACUGCUACUCUGCCUCAAAGUUCCAGCCAGGGGCAACAGCCCUGCUUGGGGCUCUGCAGCACAGGCUGGAUUUCUCCUCCUCUGUGGGCCUGUCAACAAAGGACCCGGGCAAGCCUCUGUGUCUGUGCUCUGCUGACUGCAAGGUCCUCGCCAGAGUCCUGAAGCAGAGCCGUUGCGUCACAGAGCUGAUCCUACGCGAUUGUGAGAUUUCAGACAGAGCACUCAGGAAGCUGCUGCUGAAAAUCCCACGCAGAGUUAAUCUCAGCCCCAGUAAAGCCAUAUUGGUUCAACUUGUACAAACUUGUAACAAGAAUAAUGCAGUGCAUCAUGCAGGAUCCCUGGUCAGAGCCCUGGGUGGGGAGAUGGACCUCAGUGAGACCAAGCUGGAUCAGAAGGCCUGUAGAUCUCUGGCCCUGGUUCUCGAGCAUUCAAAGGGUCUGUCAGAACUGGACCUCAGCCGCUGCCAACUCACAGACCACCACCUACAGCCUCUGAUCACACACCUGCACAAAGUCCAAGUCCUGGAUCUAAGUCAUAAUGCAAUUUCCAACUGUUUGAGUAAGAAGAUCCUGAAAGCUGUCUCCACCAGCAAAGGCCACAUAGUUCGGCGCACAAACAACAGAAUGAAAGCCAAACCACUGUUCUAGUCGGCAUCCGUCGUUAAGAUGACAGAAUCUUUCUCUAUGUAAUCUUGCACACACACGUUUGUGGGAAAGUUGUCAUUCAUACCAAUAUUCAUAAAAUGUUGGAGGCCAUUUUUUAUUAUUGAGAGCUAUGUAAAGAGACUUUCCCGGAAGAUGUGCUUACUUUUUAGUGAGUAGUUCUGAAAGUAGCGCCCAGGAGACAAAACGGCUCGCCAAAAAUGUAUACUAUGUCAUAUACUAUGUUAGAACACCUACUCUUUCAAGGUUUUAUUUAUUUACACUAUUUUCUACAUUGUAUAAUAAUAGUGAAGACAUCAAAACUAUGAAAUGACACAAAUGGAAUC